GGAAAGAGCAGCAAGAUGCCACGGCACACGGACUAUAGACCCACGCGUAUCCUGCAAGAUGACCGAACAUUCAUUGGCACCUCUAAGGCUUUUGACAAACGUAGGAACGUGAGCCUCCGGAAUUAUGAUGAAUCCAGCAAGAUCAGGCCAAAGGAUGCGAAGCGGCCGGAGUGUGAAGAAAAGCGGGUUGGGGGCCUGGUGUUGCUACGUAGGGAGAGCUUGGGUUUCCAUGCCUGUCAAGGACCACCCCCCAGGGACCCUGGCAUUGCUCGGGUACCACUUGCUGGAGCGGCAGGAGGUCCUGGGGUCGGCAGGGCAGCGGGCAGAGGAGUGCCAGCCGGUGUUCCGAUCCCCCCGGCUCCUGCUGGAUCUGCAGGCCCCGUGCGAGGGGUUGGGGGACCAUCCCAACAGGAAAUGGCUCCACAGGGAAGAGGUACUGUAGCAGCUGCUGCGGUCGCUGCUAUUGCCAGCAUUGCUGGAGCCCCCACCCGGUGCCCACCGGGACGGGGGACCCCACCCACUCCCGUGGACGGAGCCACACCACCUCCAGGCAUCAGGGCUCCUCGUGGUAUGAGACCACCCAUGGGCCCACCAAUUGGGCUUCCCCCUGCCGGAGGGACGCCAAUAGACAUUCCCCCUCCAGGAAUGAGACCCCCUCCGCCAGGUAUUAGAGGUCCCCCUCCCCCAGGAGUGUGUCCACCAGAACACAAUACUGUCAAUCCUUCUCAAGUCACUCCUUUCUCUGCGAUGUGUCCUGUGAAACUGCAUACAGUGUUUGAACAUUCCUUUGGAGAAGAGCAGAAGUUUCAACAAACUCUCAAGUGCUCUUCAAACUCCUGGAUCGGCGAGGCCCUUGAGCCCAUUCUUGUAAUAGACUCAGAAGAAUGGUAUUUGGAGCUGCAAUGGUUGGACCCAGUAGGAAGCCAGAGAGCAGGGGACCCUGUGGACACAACUCAUGCAGGUCAGCCUCCUGGGUUACAGGAUGGAGAAGGGUGGAGAAGGUGGAGAGUGAGCUUUGGAGAGUGGAAACAGAAGAUGUUCGGCACCCAAACGAUUCAGACCACUCUCAGCAGCCCCCUUUGCUGA